GUGCGCGGGAGACUAUGGCGUCCUCGGUCCCGCCAGCCAGCGCACCCGCGGCAACAGCGGGCCCCGGCCCGGGUUUCGGCUUCGCCUCCAAAACCAAGAAGAAGCAUUUCGUGCAACAGAAGGUGAAGGUGUUCCGGGCAGCCGACCCGCUGGUGGGUGUGUUCCUGUGGGGCGUAGCCCACUCGAUCAAUGAGCUCAGCCAGGUGCCUCCCCCAGUCAUGCUUCUGCCAGAUGACUUCAAGGCUAGCUCCAAGAUCAAGGUCAACAAUCACCUUUUCCAUAGAGAAAAUCUACCCAGUCAUUUCAAGUUCAAGGAAUAUUGUCCCCAGGUCUUCAGGAAUCUCCGUGAUAGAUUUGGCAUUGAUGACCAGGAUUACUUGGUGUCCCUUACCCGAAGCCCCCCAAGUGAAAGUGAAGGCAGUGAUGGUCGCUUUCUCAUCUCCUAUGAUCGGACUCUGGUCAUCAAAGAAGUAUCCAGUGAGGACAUUGCUGACAUGCAUAGCAACCUCUCCAACUACCACCAGUACAUUGUGAAGUGCCAUGGCAGCACGCUGCUGCCCCAGUUCCUGGGGAUGUACCGAGUCAGUGUGGAGAACGAAGACAGCUACAUGCUUGUGAUGCGCAAUAUGUUUAGCCACCGACUUCCUGUGCACAGGAAGUAUGACCUCAAGGGUUCCUUAGUGUCCCGGGAAGCCAGCGAUAAGGAAAAGGUUAAAGAGUUGCCCACCCUUAAAGAUAUGGAUUUCCUCAACAAGAACCAGAAAGUGUACAUUGGUGAGGAAGAGAAGAAAGCAUUUCUGGAGAAGUUAAAGAGAGAUGUGGAGUUUCUAGUGCAACUGAAGAUCAUGGACUACAGCCUUCUGCUGGGCAUUCACGACAUUAUCCGGGGCUCUGAACCAGAGGAGGAGGGGUCUGUGCGGGAGGACGAGUCAGAGUGGGAUGGGGACUGUAAUCCGACUGGACCUGCUCUGGUGGGCUCCUAUGGCACCUCCCCUGAGGGAAUUGGAGGCUACAUUCAUUCCCAUCGACCGCUGGGACCUGGAGAGUUUGAGUCCUACAUCGACGUCUACGCCAUCCGGAGUGCUGAGGGGGCCCCCCAAAAGGAGGUGUAUUUCAUGGGCCUCAUUGACAUCUUGACACAGUAUGAUGCCAAGAAGAAAGCAGCUCACGCAGCCAAAACUGUCAAGCAUGGGGCGGGGGCAGAGAUCUCUACUGUGCAUCCCGAGCAGUAUGCUAAGCGAUUCCUGGAUUUUAUUACCAACAUCUUUGCCUAAGAGCCUGUCUGACUCUGUGGUGAUUGCUGCUUCACGUUCAAGGUGGCAGGGUUCUGAGAGGCUUGGAGGAAUUGUUAUUCUGGCCACUGCUUCUCUUCCUUUGCUAAAUUCAGGCUACAUACAGGCUCCUUCCAUCCAAAUAGCACCAUCUCAUUGAAUAGGCUUUACUUGGCCCCCAGAAAUACAUUACCCUUUUUCCCAUCUGUCCAUUGUUCUUCCUUCUCUCCCUCCCUCCAGCAAGCCCUCUUGCUUCAUGAGAGUGUUACUGUUGACUCUCCCAAGUGCCUUGAUCUUUGCAAAACAUCCUGGUGUUACUAUAAAAAAUAGGCUUGGGGUGGGGGGAUCAUCUUCAAGACCUGCCUGGACAGAUGGACCUGGCUAAAGAAACUACUUGAUGCACUUUGCUGUGUGGAAUGAACUACAAGUGUCUGAAUUUGCUGAUAACUUUAUAGAACUUCCUAGUGUGCUUCCUUCCUGGUAAACCCUGGGAUGGAAGACUUUUGGGAUACUACAGAUGUGGAUGUAAGUAUGCAUGCACACACGAUAGAAAAUGGCUAAUCUGAUGUGAGGUGAGGUGGGGAGUAGUCAGCACGCUGGAACCUCACAGAGGCAGGACCUAAGAGGACUUUUGUGACUGUAGGGAACUGGAGGUCUCUGGCAAGGAAUGAUUACUCUCCAGUCUUCUCCCUCCUCACUCCCACUUCUGUUUGCACCCAUUUGCACAUCUGGGCACAGAAUCCUAGAGAUGGCCAGAAGUGUCUGAUCCUGGGUGAAAGUGUUUACUGCUGUGAGAACCAGAACCUCAUCCUUUCCUGGAGCUGGAAGUACUCAAUGGGUGUGGCCAGUUCUGGAGGCUGGAAUGAUGAGCCAGAGUGUACAGUUCAUUUCCAUGUUAAGUUUCCUGCCUGGCUAGCUGUCCCCGAGCUGUAUUUCCAGAAGGGACUAUAUACUGGCUCAGUUCUGGUCAUCUCAACAGGAUGGAGAUCUCAAGUGUGGGAACCUCCCACAAUGCAUAUAGCUAGGACACUUCCUUCUCCUGCCCUUUCUCAAACAUUUUUUCCAGUUGGAUUUGUUUUCAUUCUGUUCUGUUCUGUCCCAUUUUAUACUGCGACUGUGGCUCCCAGGGGACAGAUGGCCUUCUUUGUCAUCUUCACUCUCCUCCCCCAGAGAGGAGUCAGAGCCAUAACUCAAAUCACCCAUCCGCCUCCAAAGAUAGCUGAUUUAAUGGGUGAUAUUCUCAGAAUGCAGAAGACCAUGAUGAGAUAGGUGUCCUCCACUCCCUCCAAUGCCUUUGGGGCUAAGACACUCAUUCUUGAUAUCCCCCACCCCCCUGAAGCAUCACAUUUUUUUCACAAAGAUGAGCACCAGCAAUGGGCCUGUAGGGAUGCAAAGCUGUUUUGCUGUAUGCCUGGCUAGAAUGGCCGGUCUCACAAGAAGGCAUGAGGUCAUAAGGGAAAAGCUGCUUCCCUUUCACUUUCAACUCCGAAGGAGGUAGCAAGAAGACUGCAGUGUGGGGUGGGAGCUCCUUUAAUACUUCCUGUCAUGUGCCCAUUGGGUCUUUUCCAUUCCCAUCUACCUUUCCCCUGUUGAAUGCAAUAAAACUGUGACACCAGCAGCUGUGGCUUUUUAGAACUGGGUUUUCUGACUGGCUGAUAUAGGCAGUAUAGUCUUCAGUUGUUGCUUCCGUUAACCUUUUUUGUUUUAAUAAAGGAAGAUCUUAUGUAUUUACUCUCUUUACUAUCACAAUAUGGAAAAUAAAUUAUUCAAAUUCCUUCACA